UCUCAGCAUGAAGUUGCAGAGUCACAGCUGUGUAGGUUUGCAAUGCCGCAUGAGUUGCAACCAUGGUGAGAACAAUGGCUUCCACACGAGUAUCAGCCACGAAGCAGUAGCUGAACAAAAGUUUGCAACAAAAAUCAAAGUCCCUGUCGUUUCUACAUGGGAACCGCUUCUAUAAGACUCCGCGUGAUUACAGAUGGGCAAAAUUCGUUAUUUAAUUCGUUGAAACGCUUACUGUUGAAAAACGCAGUACAUUUGCCUUUUAGGAAAUUCAUCCAAACUAAAUUUCGAAGCGAGAGUGCGCACAGCCUUCUUUGAUCGCCCCACGCAUAUACCCGCUUCAAGCUCUCGAUUAUGCGACGUCCCGCGCCAGACAGGCAAGCCUGGCAAAAGCGUUACCAGAUGCCGAUACAAAGUUUAGGCAGUCACAAGCGCGCGCUGCGCUGCUCCUCGGACCUCGCGCAUCGCAUGAGUUGGCGGCGGACUUUGGGCAAAAACAACGGUUGUGGUUCCAGGGCGGUGCCUGGCACUCUCGCAAUGUACUCGAGUUGCAAGCAGACGACGUCUGCUUUUCGGCGAGGCUCCACGGCUUUUUUCUCAGGCGCCUUUCACGAUUACAAGCGGUCGAAGGCCGUGAGAGAGUCGUCUUCAUCCCAACGCUGGAAAUGAGCCAACACGCGAGCGGCGACGGAGCCGAGUUCUCGCCCCACGAGAACCGAGGACCGGGCGGCGAUGGCCCGCACUCCGCGGCGGCGUCUGGCGACAACCAGCUGCAGAGCAGAUCUCUCAUGGAGGCGAGCGUGGACUCGGGCAUCCAGGAGACCACGCGGGUCGAAGACGUCAGCGGCGUCCGGCCGACCAUGGGACGCCGGAUACUGGACGCCGUGCUGUUGGUCAGGCUGGAGAUCUUUCUCGCGUUGUUCGUCGUCGCGAGGUUCAUGACCAUGACUCCCAUCCAGGACCUGCUCCUCCAGAAGGCCUGCCUCAACCGGAUGCACUACAAUGAGAGCAUCUGCUCGCACCUUGACGACUACGAGCAGAUCAAGAACGAGGCCGAGAAGGCCGCGAGUAUGACCAGCAUGAUCCGCACCAUCGUCUCUCUGGCGCCGGGCGCCAUCAUCGCCAUCUUCGUCGGACCCUGGUGCGACAAGUACGGCUACCGGACGCCGCUCCUCAGUGCCAUGACGGGCUUCCUCCUGAGCACGGCGCUGACCAUGAUGACCGUGUACCACAUGUGGAUGCCUCUCUACGUCAACAUCCUGACGACCAUCCCGGACGGCUUGAGCGGCGGCUUCAUCGUCGUCUUCACGGCCAUCUACAGCGAGGCCACCCUGACCACCGACUCGGAAAGCAGAAGGGCGCGCUUCUUCGCUCUAAACUUCACCAUGUCGCUUUGUUCUCCGCUGGCCGCCUUCAGCGGAGGCCAGCUGUACGGUCACUUUGGCUGGAGGACGGUACUGUACGUGUCCUUCGUCAUUGCCAGCUUGUCUAUCGUGUGGAUUUUGGUGGCCAUCAAGGACCUGGUGAAGCCCGAGCACGCCCAGGACGGACUCUGGGUGAAGUUCCGCAACCUGUUCGAGGUGACCAACCUGGCCGAAGGUUUCAAAACAUCGAUGAAGCCCCGGCCGAACAAGGGAAGGGCUCAGCUGUGGUGCCUCUUUGGCGCCGUCUGCUGCGUUGUGUUCGACAUGGCGUCCAUGGGAACCAUGUACUACUACGUGCGCAAGAUGUACUCCUGGACAGUGGCCCACUACGCCACGGUGUCCUCCAUCUCCUCGGUGAGCAACGUGGCCAUGAGCGUGCCCAUCAUCUUCCUCUUCGUGAAGGUGCUCAAGAUAAGCGACCCCGCCAUGGCGCUCGUCGGCAUCUCCUUCGCCAUCGUGCAGAUGACCAUCCUGGGGCUCGCCUUCAAGGAGUGGCUCUACUACCUGCACUGUGUGUUCGGCAUCCCUACCUUCCUGGGCCAGGUCGGUGUGCGGACCCACCUGUCCAAACUGGUGGGACAAGACGAAGUGGGCAAGGUGUUCUCCUUCCUGGCCUCGUUCGACGCGGUGGUGCCCGUCCUGGGCGAGGUGCUCAUCACGUCGCUGUUCAACUGGUCCCUCGACUUCCUGCCGGGACUGCCUUACCUGGUGGCGGCAGGGAUCACCUGCAUCGCCGCCGGACUCAUCGCCUACGUGACGAAGGUACAUCGGGAGGGCGUCCAGUACGAAGACAUGUCCAAACAGGAGGCGGUCCCGGCACCCAUCAACGACUGAAGAGCAGGGCCGGUGCGACUGAGCUAUCGAACACAUCGUGAAAUCUAAUAUUAUGCGGCGGCCACAUGAAACGCAUUUCCGACGUAUUAUCGGCGCGUCGUCGUACAGCGUCCGCGCGUUCCUUUUGUACCUCACGUGAGUGGCGGUGUUUUCUCGGCCGAAUUCGUGCGUAUCGUGAGGUACUUUCUGUCGCUGACGAAAGCGUGGAGCAGUGUUCGUAGGCCUAAAUUACCGCGUAGUCAUGGCUAAGCGUGAAGUGGACGACGACGGCAUAACUAUGAGAAAAUGUCGGAAACGCGUUACUUGUGGCUUCCGCUUGAGAGUUUAUUAUAACAGCGUAUUUUAGCGUAGCGUUAUCGUUCUACCGUUCUUGUUACCGAAAGCGCCUGCCGUCGACUGCGCAUGUGCGGGUAUGCCGUGCCUCCGAGGUGGAAAGCGGUGAUAGUGACGCUAUGCUAAAACACUGUAAUGACACUUACGUCUCUUGCAGCGUUUGCAUGGAUUCGCCAGUAACGUGUGGAAUCACUACGCCUGUCGGAGAUGCGAGUUGGCUUUAGCGAAUCCAUGUAAGCAGCUUACACGUUGUAUCAAAGGAAUGGGGAUGUGGUGGGGAGGGCAGGGUUAGUGAAGGGUUGCUUGCGAUACUGCUGGUGUGGGGUGCUUCGGACGCAUGAUACGACGCGCCUCCACCGUCGCGCGACACGCUACCUCGGCAACGACGGCGGGUCGUGUUGAACCUGAUGCGUCAGCAAACGCGACUAGUUAUAGAAUGUCCUAGAAUACUCAGUAUUCUAGGUCACUCACUUAGUAACUAGCACGGCUUCGCUUACGCGCACUUGGCACAGACACAAGUGCGUCACUGCGCAUGCGCGUGGCUGCCUCCGAGAUCCGUGCGCACACGCCGUGACUACUACGCCUGUUGCUCGAAGAGCGAUGAAGCCUGCUUUCCGACUCGUGCGCAAUCGAGACGAUCAUCGGUAUAGUUUCGAUUCUGAGCCAAUGCAUAGAAGCGUCAAGUAGAAGCAUUACGCGUAUGGUAUUAGCACGUAUGGUAACGAAUGUAUGUGAAAAGUGUGGCCCACUGUUUCAAUGGACAAACAAUCACGAGAUGGGAGCGAGUUUAUAUAUCAAGGCUGAAAGCGACCAGCUAGCUUUGCAGCGCGUACGACGUGAGGUACGUGGCGAUGCUCCCGUCCUACGUACGAACCUGCUCGGUGCAUUGAGAGUGCUUCCGCCAGGACCCACAGUUGUAGAGCACCCGCAAACUUUGAUCGGGGCUCAUGAGUGUUCCGAUUAAAAGUGGACCACACGGUGUGUGUGUGUGUGUGUGUGUGUGUGUGUGUGUGUGUGUGUGUGUGUGUGUGUGUGUGUGUGUGUGUGUGUGUGUGUGUGUUGUUACCUCUACCUCUGUACAUGUCUGCUGGUUACGAGCCCGACGCGCUUGAUUCGGUGCAAUUGUCAAUGCUUCUCACACAUCUCUACUGGUGUGACGUAGAACCAUUGUCGAACUACACAGUCAUGAUUACGUACCGCUGUUUGUUCUUAAUGAGACUUAUCACGCGCGAAGGCUGUUUCCUUCUACAGCAAACGCGCUACUCUUGUAAUAUCAACAGUGCAUGACUGCUGCGUUAAUAUAUAUAUAUAGUGUGUGUGUGUCGGUGCUGUCAAGCGAGUCAAUGCAGAGGCUUACUGUAAAACAAAAUAGAAUUGACAGCCGACUUGGUUUCGUAGUCAGCACGUUCUUUUCUUUCAUUUUUGUGCAGCUGUGGGAUCUUCUUGGCUACUUUUCAUACAAUAUUUGCUAAUGCGGUCCAGUGUUCCUAAACCAGUCCAAAGCAGUGGAAUACUUUGUAGCCUGUCCAACGUUUCUGGAGUGACGCCAGAGAAACGUUCCUAAGGGACGUUCAGCAAUCGUGUCUAAAAGGGACUAUACGCAAUCAUUCGCCGCGACAUCCCUUUAGCACUUCUAUGCUAUACCGCUGUUUACCGCGGAAUACUCCCACGAAUCAUAGCAGGUGCGAGAUGUUUCCCGGAAUACCCAUCUGGCAAACAAGCGUAAUGUCAUAGAGCCCAGAAGCGCACAGACAUUGUUGCGCACAGUAAUAAACAAAUGAUUGGUUUAAUUUUGUGCAGCGUACGCUUGCGGAAGAACUUACGCGCGCCACGCCAAGGCAUUGUCCAAGAUCUGCACGCUUUAUGAGCGUCCGCGAUUUGUGCGUAGAUCUCUGUUACUCAGGUUCUUUCUGUCGCUCAAGGUUUGGAGAAAAAAUCCGUCCAUUUUUACAUACACAUGCGUGGUCGUAUUUUCCAUUGAUCACUUUAAUGUAUACCUCUGCGUGGCAUAACGUCCGCCGUGAGUCAUCGCUUUAGCGGCAGUAGACUCUAGAACUGUAUACUAGACUCGAGAACUAUACACAGUAGACUUGAGAACCAAACGAGAUGUGAAAGCAACUUUGAUUGAAGGCGUGUCAUUGCUUUCGUCACAUCCGCUGGUUUGGCCAAUAAACGCGCACAGAUAGAGACGGAUCGAUAAGGUCACAGCAACGCUCUGCCUGCCUGCCUGCCCAUGGUUUUCACAUUCGCAACCAGUAGUAGGUAAACGUAUGUGUAGAAGUUUUGCUGGAGGAAACUGUAGAAUAUUAUGUGAAAUCAUGUGGUGGAAGAGGCAUCUGCUUCAGUGCGUAUGCAGUCGUAGUGCAGUUUUCGUCAAAAAAUGGGAAGACUACUGCGCGCAGAACUCUCGGAAAGCCAGGAACUGCGCUAAACAGAAACGAAGCACUCGUGGCGACGUUACGCUUAAAUUGACGCGCUAGCUUCUCGUGACGUCACAUUUUGAGAGCAUCUGCUUCAGAACUAGUUACAAAUUAUUUUUAUCAAUAAAACAAGUUAGUUUGCGUUCGAAAGUAAGCGAACACUAAAUCAGGCAGUUUUUGGUAGCCUUCCCCGCAUGAAAAUGGCCGAAAUGCGCUAAUUGCUGCCGAGUCCUUGACAUAACUAACUUAAUGCACUGUCGUGUAAUUCAAAAAGAAAAAAAAAAGAAUAAGAUCCCAGUUCGGUCUUCAUUUUUUCCCGCUGAUAAUCAACCUCCUUAAGGUUCUGGGUGAAUUUCACUUUUGAAGCACGCUCAUCAUUUCCAGUUUGGAUCGUACUGCAAUCUGCAUUUCACACUUCAUCGUCCGUUGCCUAUAUUUUGCCUUUAUCGGCGAAAUGAGAGGAGCAGCGUCAUACUCUAUGCCUGCAGCUUUGCAGCUUUUGAUCGACCCGCGACCUCCACGAUUCGGCACGGUUAUAGAUCAAGUAGAAAGCGGGGAGUGGCCCGUGUAUAUUUGACGAAAACUGUGGCCUCAUGCGCGGAAACUUCUUUAACGUACUUACCGUAUUACGUGCUGCGCUGUACUAGUAACGUACUCUUAAUUCUGUAUCGACUUCUAAACACGAAGAGCGUGUUUCAGUGGGUGGGGCUUUCCGAAAGACUUUGCUUGCCUUUCACCGAUAGCCAUGACAGGGUGGGCGCUAUCCAUGUUUAGUUUUUGGACCUUGUGCGUUUUACUUAUACGCUUCGGUGAUCUACGCGGGCACAGUUCACUCAGGUGUGUAUUUGUCUAGAAGAAAAAUAUAUAUCUUGCUUUCAUGCAGGCGAUUAAAAUGUCGCAACCGUUUUGUUUUUGCGUCUUUGAGUUCCAAACGUCCCUCACGAUGAAUGGACGCUGCCCACGUGGUACUUGUGCAAAGACCGUGAAGCGCGCGGUUCGGUCAAACGAGCAGUUUGUUAUUUUCACCAGUAAGAACUACACUGGAAUUUUUUUCUUUUAUCUGCUUAGCUCUUGUCGACCGAGCUUUCAAAAUGCCUCAUCGUCAGUGCUACUGGUGACAUAUUUAUUUUUCGUUACUUCGAGUAGAAGUAAGCUUUGAUCAAACACACAUUUUUUUUACUUUAUCACCCGCUCGAGAAGAACGGGCUCGUCGGUUCAGAAAGUGGGCCGAUUUCACAAUGCAAACUUCAAGGGGACCUUGCCAUUUCACAGGUGUACACCCGUGAUGAAAGGUAUGCUGACCACAACGUUGCAUGAAAAACAAAAUUUCUUUGUACCUGACGCGCACGGCCCAACAUUGACGAGAGCAGUUGAGUUCGGGCUGCGCUGUUCGACGCCCACGCUGUGAAGAAACUGGGGUUUGGCGGCAGAAGCCUGGGUCCGUAUAUCUUUGAUCAAGGGUGUAUCCCUCAGCAAUCUACUCGUUGUGUUCAGAUGACCUUUUCUGAACUUCUAACCACAAAAUACGUAUCCCUUAGGGAUCAAACAUGCUUGCGAUUCGUUUUUGAGUGUUUCAUGGUCUAAACUGUUACCUGUAUAAUUAGAAUAACUCAAUAAAGAAAAGUAAGUACA